CAUACACAGGCCAGUAGUCUCUGCACCCUGCAUGCACAAUACACGGGUUAACUAAACCCAGGCAAUGGAAUCCCGCGAAGAUGGGUUUGUAAACCAACUUGAAGACAGGGUUCGGCUACUGACCGACGAAAAUGUACAGCUGCGGGACAAAAACGAGCGUCUCUUCAACAGACUGGGUGGCCUGCAGACUAAGCUGGGGCAGCUGGCCGGAUCAAAGACCGACCUCUCUUCCAAACUGGUCAUCAGUGAAGAGGAGAAACUGAAGAUGGCAAAGGAUCUGAUUGAUGCCCAGAUACACACUAAUAAGAUGAGGGAGCAGUAUGAAGCAGAAACAUUUGAGCUGAAAAACAAGAUUCUGUCUCAGGAGAAUCAACUCAUGGAAAUGGAGAUGGAGCGGGACAGGCUGCAGAGAGACAUCCAGCACACUAGGGGGCGCCUGCAAGUGGCUGAUAAGAAUUACAAAGAGCUGGCAGAUGAGUACAUCACUCUGAAGAGCAAUCACUUGGUUCUGAGUGAGGCGCACGAGAAGGAGGUGUGCAGGAAUGAGGAACUGAGUGCAGAGUUGCUGGGCCUGGCUAAGGCCCAGGAUUCUCUCCUCAGGCAGCAGGAGACCCAGGCCCGCUCUCAGGCUCUGUACGGGGAGACUGCCCAUGAGCUGGAUAGGGUGCGGGCUCUCGUCAGCAGGAUGUCCCAGCAUAGGGUGCGGCAGACUGAAGAGCUGGCUGCCUCAGAACAAGAACGGAAAGCCCUUGAGAGAAAUAUCCUUGGAAACCAGGAUCAGAUUAAAGAAGAGCUGGAGAGGAUGAAGAGGAGCUACGAGGAACAACAGCACAGACUGGAGGGCAAAGUGGUGGCAAUGGGCAAGGAGCAACAGGAGAACAAGAGAGCCAUCCGCAGCACCCAACACAAACUGGCAGAGCAGUCUGCAGCUCUGCUCAGCUCACAGAGCCAGCUGAAGGAGGUGGAGAUGGAGAACUCCAGGCUGCAGAUGCAGGUGAAGGAGCUGAACGAGGAAUAUCGUGCUCGACUGGUGCGCUACCUGCAGGACCUAGCAGAGUACGUGGACGGACUGAAUGACGGACAGGGAGCCCCACGGCCCCCGGAGCGUGCACAGAUGAAGAAGUUUGUGGACAGCAUGCUGCAGGAUGUGAGGGCCUCCUAUCGAUCCCGGGAGGAGCAGCUGUCCAGCGCUGCCCGUGCGUACAAAAAGAGACUGCAGAAGAUUAUCAAAACCCACGAGGCACUGCUCAUUGCAUACAGAAUGCAGCGGGAGCAGAUCCUGGCUCUGGGUGAGCGCGGGCUGGACCCAGGACCCCCGGAGUCUCACUUCAGCUUGACAGACGGUGAGCUGCAGGUGGAGCAGAGCAGGGAGCUGCAGAGGCUGAGGGAGGACAAGGCCAGGCUGGAGUGCCAGCUGAGCGAUGCACUGGGGCAGAAGAAUGCCCGUUUUAACCCUGUUCAGAGUGUCAGCUUCCAGGAGACAGGAAAUUCUGGGAGAAUCGCAGAAGAUGCCUGGGUUGAUAUCAGGAAGCAGCUGAAGGAAUUCACACAUUCUACUCAGGAGGACCAAGAAAGGGAGCGUGCCCAGCUGAUCACCCGGGCCACAGUUGCUGAGGAACAGGUGUUAGAGCUCCAGGAUUAUGUGGAUAAGCACCUUGGCAGGUACAAGCAGGAGGUGAUGCGUCUCCGCAGGCUGCUGGGCACGGAGGCGGGCCGGGCCCAUAGCGCCCAGGCCCCUGAGCCCAGAGCUCUGCGCCGCCCAAAGAAGAACCCCAGCUAUGAGAUCUGAGCGGACCAGCCGUCCCUCACAUGACCGGGCCUCCCCACCACCACCACUCUGGAGCGCUACUGGACCCUGCAGCACGUCGUUCACUCACUGAAUUUCCUCUGUAAGGAACAGUGGAGAGUGAUCGCAUAGCCCAAAGUAUUAUGAUUCCAUGGUUUAUUGCUAACAGCUAUAGGAACUAUAUCCAUAUGUCUAAAUCCCAAUUCGAUCAAUUUAAAACUGUUUCCAACACAGGUACUGACAGACUUUUAUAUCUGGGUUUUACAGAAUAAAAGUUAAUGCGUUUACAUUUGGGUGAAAAUUUACUCUAAUAAUGAAUUCACCAUUAACAAGUUUUACAUUUCUGAAAAGGUUUUCAUAUUGAUCUAAUACCAGAAAAUAUUAUGUAGCCUAUCAUAGCAUUAGAAAGCAGUUAACAGUUAAUGUAAUGUUUUUCCCCUCAACA